UCCAUGGCUAUCGGUGAGUCGGACAGGCCCUUUGACAGCUCCAGUGCCUGGAGAGAGUCUAUCGAUUCCGACUCCCCGGGCAAGGAGAAACAGCGUGCAGGAGAACCAUCAGGGCCUCGUGGUGGCAGUGGUGUUGGAGCCAGGUCCACAGAACCGAGAUAUAAUAAGCCCAGAGGCUUUUGGCCGCGUAUCCUGAAGCACAUCAAGCGGUAUUGGCUGUGUUAUGGCCUCCUGGGCAUCAUAUUUCUGGCAAUCUUCUUGCCCGUGUUUUUCCUGGUAAUCAUACCCGCAAUCGCACAGAGGCUAGUCAACGAUGCUAGCAUUCCAAUCCACUCUGUAGCUAUCAUGCAACCAACCCCUGAUAGCUUAAUGUUUUCGCUGUCUGCAUCUCUAAAUGUUCCCCUCGGGCUGAGUGUGCGGAUAGAUCCACUUAACUUGAGUCUAUUCAAUCGAGAUGUGAAGCCGAGAAAACCAUACGUGACGGCUCCACUCAAUGGACUUCGCCUGAAAGGCAAAUCCGACAUCACGAUUACCAACCAGACGACCAAGAUCCUGGACGAGGAGCAGUUCACUAAGUUUUUGAGCAAUGCGGUUUACUCGAAGAGGUUUAUCUUAUCGGCUUACGGUAAGACGACAGCCCACCUGGGAAAGAUCAAAGUUUCCCUCACCCUGGAUAAAGAUAUAGGACUAGAUGUACCAUUGACCUCCGGUGUUGCAGGACUCGAUAUGUUGAACGGGUUCUCUAUUGAUGCCGCCAGACUGGCCCUCCCACCAGAGGAUGACGGUUCCAACCUGGUUGGGAAAGCAACACUGCCAAAUUACUCUGUCGUGACAUUUGCUCUGGGGAAUGUCACUCUCAAUCUUAAGGUCGAUGACAUGAUUCUAGGAAACGGUACUAUCAACAAUGUACUGCUGAAGCCUGGAAACAACUCAGUUCCGUUGCGUGGAGUGGUGGAUAUCCCAAAUGCGAUCAGGAAUAUCGGGCCUAUUUUAGCUGCAGAGACAGAGGCUCUGAGCCAGGGAAAUGUGAUGAUCUCAGCAUCCGGGAAUUCGACUAUCUACGACGGGGAGCAUAUAUCGUACUAUGAGAAGGUGUUGAAUAACCUGACCAUCAGCGCAAACGUGCCCAUUCUCAAGGAAUCGGCUGCAACAGGUGACAGCAGCAACAGUGCGACACAGGAGCAGGGUGCGGUGAGCGCAGCCAACAUCGCGCCUGUCAGCGCAGCGCAGGAACCAGCUGUGACAAGCGACCGCGGUAACAGUGCACAAUCCACAGUAGCAGAAACUGAACAAAAUACUGAUGGAUUCAACAUUCCAGGUCCGACGAAUCUUCCCUUAUCUGUGGGUGAUAUUCCUAUCCCGACCGUUUCACUUCCUGUCACUGUCAAGGUUCCCACACCCUCGAUAGCCACCGAAGAGAUUACAGUAUCAAAAACCACAGUAUCAAAAAGCACAGUAACUGAAAAGGCAACGGAGUCGACGCCCAGACCGUCUGCGAGCAACCCGGGUCUUGACUCCAUUGAAGACCUCCUAGCAGGUGUGCUGGGUGGCGACGGACUCUCAGAGAUCGAGGAGGGCCUCAAGAAUGUUCUGAGCCUAUUUACGCCAUCGUUUGUCAGGGAUGCCACUUCUCUGGUUAGCCAGGCCUCUGGGUUCUUUGACCAGGAUACGAUGCAAGAUACGAAGGCCAUGAUCAGCACCUUGGGCAGUAUCAAACCAUUGCUCUCAUCGCUCUCACAGAGCAAUAGUAGUGAAGUUAGUGUUCAGGGGCUGACAUCGCUGUUUGGUAAUGGGUCAAUUUUCAAAGACAUCGACAAUAUCCUGAAGAGCAUCGCUGCUCUACCGGCCAUAAUUAAGGAGAUCCUCGAUAUACUAACGAGCGAUGAAGUCCGGGAAUUCCUGCAAGCGUUCCCGGAAAUCCUGGAUAAGCUCUUGCCGAUCCUGAACCCGGAGCUAAUCAAGGCUCUGGAGUCGUUGAUCACGGAGAACCUGACACCAGAGCUGGUGAAUGACUUGUCAUCAACUCUGUCUGCCCUACGUCCGCUACUCCAUGAUAUUCAACCUAUCCUGGCGAACCAGACCAUGGAGCCACUCCUGAAUCUUGUGAAGACCAUCAUCUCACCCACGUUCAUUAAUGAGAUCGAAGAGGUGCUGAAGGCUUUGCCGCCACUCAUCAAGGACAUCUUGCCUCUCCUUGGGUCUGAUAUUAUCACCCCACUGGUGAACCUUCUCAAAGAGAUCCUCACUCCUGAGUUCAUCAAACAGAUCUCGUCCCUGCUUAGCGACCUUCCUGAGCUAUUCAAUACUCUUGUGCCGUUGAUCAAACCCAUACAGGAACUUAUUACGGAGAUCGUGACACCAGAAUUUAUCAAGGAGAUCGGGUCAUUAAUUAAGGCUGUGCCACCGAUCAUUAAGGAGCUUAUACCUCUCCUUGAGCCUCUCGGCAAUCUGAUCAAGGAAGUCCUGACGCCAGAGUUUGUGAAUGACAUCAAAUCACUAAUCCAGGCAGUGCCAGGCCUUUUGGACACGAUUCUACCGCUGGUGCCCAAGGUUGAGGAGCUACUCAACAAGGUUCUAACACCCGAGCUCCUGAAUGCGCUCGAAGCGCUUCUUGACGCCGCACCCGAAUUGUUAAACAGUCUGCUACCGCUUGUGCCGGACUUGAUAAACCUGAUUAAGAAGAUUCUGACACCGGAGCUCAUAAAGACCCUUGAAUCGGUCUUGGAUGCGGUGCCAGGGCUCUUAAAUAGUUUGCUACCGCUGGUGCCAGAGUUGGUCAACCUGGUCCAGAAGGUUCUGACACCGGAGCUCAUUCAGGCGCUUGAGUCGCUUCUCGAUGCCGUACCAGGGUUAUUGAAUACUCUAUUACCGCUCGUGCCAAAGCUUGGGGAUCUUCUUAAGAAGAUUCUGACACCGGAGCUUCUGAAUGCGCUUGAAUCAGUUAUUGAUGCUGUACCAGGGCUCCUAAAUAAAAUAUUACCGCUUGUACCAGAGUUGGUGAACCUGGUCCAGAAGGUUCUCACACCGGAGCUCAUGAAGACACUUGAGUCGCUUCUCGAUGCCGUACCAGGGUUAUUGAAUACCCUGCUACCGCUCCUGCCAACGCUUGAGGACUUACUUAAGAAAGUUUUAACGCCGGAGCUUUUGAACGCGAUUGAAUCAGUUAUUGAUGCUGUACCAGGCCUGCUAAAUAAAUUACUACCGCUCGUGCCGGACUUGAUGGACCUGCUCAAUAAGGUUCUCUCACCGGAGCUUCUGCAGGUCGUUGGCUCGCUUCUCGACGCAGUUCCCGGAUUAUUGAAUAGUCUAUUACCUCUGUUGCCUACGCUGGAGGAGAUGCUGAAGCAGAUCUUGACUCCCGAGUUAUUAGCGGCCGUCCAAUCGCUCCUUGCGAAGGUCCCUGGCAUUAUCAACGCGAUACUGCCAUUGAUACCAUCGCUUGAGGACAUGAUCGUCAACAUUCUCACACCGGAAUUCAUCAGCGUGAUUCAGAAGAUUUUGGCGGCAGUUCCUGGAUUACUCAACGCCCUUAUUCCGAAGAUCCUAACCCCCGACUUCAUUGCUUCCAUCGAGUCAGACAUACUGCCUUUGCUACAGGGCGAUAUAAUCAAGUCGCUAGUACAGAUUGUGACUGACAUCCUCACUCCUGAGUUCAUCAACGACAUCAGCGGUAUUGCAGGCCUGAUCCCGCCAUUGGUGCACGACCUGGUUCCAAUCUUCAACAAAGAGCUCAUGACGGCAAUCGUGAAUUUGCUGGCGAGCGUUGUAACCCCAACGUUCAUCAACGAUCUUACCGCGCUGAUCAACGCAAUCAUCCCAGUGGUGAAGGACAUCAUUCCCAUCAUUGGAAGCGAUGUUGUGAAGGAUCUGGUUGCAGGACUGCCAGAUAUUAUCAACGGUUUAUUGCCAAUUCUGAAUAUCGACAUUAUCCUGGGGAUCGAAAGGGCUCUUGCUGGGCUUGUCACUAAGCAAUUUGUCACCGAUGUCGGCGUCAUACUGGCAGCGGUGCCACCACUGCUGCACAGCUUGGUCCCCAUUUUUGGCACAGAGCUUCUUGGGCCCGUGGAGAAUGUCUUGUCCACAUUGUUGACACGAGAUUUCCUGGAAGACGUUGGAGGGCUGGUUGACACGGUGCCACCCCUUCUCAACGAAACGAUGCCGUUGUUCCACCAAGACAUUAUCGUUCCAGGAGAAAAUGUUCUUAAGGAACUCAUUACCCCCGCGUUUAUGAAUGACAUUGGCUUGAUUGCCGUCGUUGGCAGUGAUGCAGUGAGCUCGCUGCUAGACGCUGUGCCGAAGCUCAUAUCGAACAUCGUGAACGAUCUGACUAGUCUUCUAACUACCGACUUCAUGAAUGAUAUUGGCACAAUUCUCGGUUCAAUACCGGGAGAUACACUCACAGACCUGGUUCAAAGCCUCGUCCCAUUGAUCAAGGCAGUCGUAGCUUUGCUGCCGCUGCUGACCAAUAUUUUGGCAUCUGUAUGA